AUGUCAGAUUUUCGCUAUAGCCGUAAUCAAACUUACCGUCCCGAAUAUAGUAGAGAUAACCGUGAAGAAAAUAGACACCGUCGUCGUAGGUCCCGUAGUAGGUCUCAUAGUAUAGAUCGUCAUAGAGCUAAUGGUGUAAUAAAUAGACAAGAGAAUUGGCGAGAAGAUUUUCCUCAAAGGGGCAGACCAGAGGAUAUUGGAGCACGCUCAUGGGGUAAUAAGUUUUAUUAUGACGAUCGUGAGGAAAAUAGUAAAAGAAGGAAAACUAGACAUGAAAGAGAGAGAAUGCCAGAGGGACGUUGGAGAGAACGUAAUCUUGGCGAACCCAAUAAUCAUGUUAUUCUACAAGGAUUGCCACUCGCAGCUACUGAGAAUGACAUUCAGCAUACACUUGAUAACCUGCAUGCUAGUAUUGAGAAUAUACGUUUAAUUAGGGAUCGCCGCACAGGGGAUUCACGCAGAUUUGCUUUCGUUAAAUUUACAAGCGUUGAACAUGCAAGACAAUUCAUCGAAGCCAACCAUCCUUUUAUCAUGAUGGAAGAUAUUCGUGUUCGCGUUGAAUACAGCAAUAGUGCAUCUGCAGAGGAUGAAGAAUCCAUGGUGUCUGGCUCACUUCAUUUGGCACCUACCAAUUCGUUCUUUAAUGAUGGAGCAAAUGAUUUAGCUCAAGUUCCACAUCAUAUCUUAUUAGUCCGUGGAUUAGAUCCUUUGACUACCGAAGAGACUCUUUAUGCCACUGCGAGUCAGGUGGCAGCUUUAAGGAGAGUUUUGCUGAUUAAAGAUCGAGCUUCCAGGAUGUCUUGGGGAUUUGCAUUUUUAGACUAUCACGACGUUCAGACUUCUUCAUAUGCCUUGUCAAUUUUCAACAAUCCUCACUAUUAUCCAGGAGGAUUUUUGGUUGAUUCACGAUCUGUUAGUAUGACAUUUGCUCAUCCCGGAUGUUUUACACCAGCUUAUGCCACUACUGAGUGGACUAUUUGGGGAGAUGAUGGGAUCGCCAUGUCAUACUGGGAUCAAAAAGCAUAUGCAGUUGAAUAUUGUGGAUCACAGUGCUCAGUUCCAAUUGAAUCCAAUAUACCUUUAUCGUCUAUAAAUUCGACUUCUUUAAAUGAGGCUGAAAGUAAAAUCCGAAAAGAGAGUUCAUCAGAGGCGAUGAAAGAAUCGAUCACAGUUCCUGAAACAAAACUUAACGUCGAAGAUGAAUUAAAUGCUUUCUAUUCGGAUAUGGGCGCAGUUUUAACAUCUACUGGAAAGGCUGAGACUAAAUCUAUAUUUUCAGUAUCUGAUAUGGUUUCAACCUCAAAUAAUCAGAAUAAAUCAAAUUUUUCUCCAAAGAAAAAUCAGGAUUCGGAACUUAACGAAUUUUAUGCAGGCCUUGAAACUUCAACAUCUGAAGUUGAUUCUCAAGGCGUUGAAAUUCAACAAUUUUCCGAUGAUAAAAUUAUGAAUAAACCACCAUCUGUAGAUAAUGAUUUUACUCAUCAACAGCCUUCAGGAAUUCAUUCUCCGCAGGAGCCUAUAAAUCACGAACAGCAAGUACCUUCACAACAAAUUCAUCAAAUUAAUUCAAGUAACUCAAGAGAUUCUUUAUCACCAGAAACUGGAUACGAACCGGAAACAGUUGAAGAAAACGAAGCCUUACGUGAAGUAUCGAUAUCAACAUCUCAUGAUCCUUCGAAAGGAGUUAAAGAAAAGAAAAAGAAAUCAAACAAGCCAAUUGGGAAAAAGAAGGUUCAUGAACAGUUGCAAAAAUGGAAUGAAAGGAAAGAAGAACUACAUCAAAUAAAUGAUACCAACCAACCUGAAUUAACUGACGGUCUUUUCGACUAUACGUUAAAUGCAUGCCUAUUAUGUCAACGACAAUUUAUAGAUUUGGCUGAACUUCAAAAACAUGAACAAUUAUCUGAUUUGCAUAAGUUGAAUUUGGAGAAUGAACAUCUAGUGCAAACUAUUCGUAUGAAACGAGCAUAUGGAUUACAAAAUGAUGGUGAUUGUGAAAAACCUCAGACAAGAUAUAAUAAUAGAGCGGCACAAAGAAGGAAAAUUUAUGGACAACCCAGGAGACCUCCUGCUUCGUCUGGAUCAUCCAAUCCAGUUGAGGAAACAUAUGAUCAGCCCACAAAAUUUGGAAUUGGAGAAGAUAAUAUUGGAAAUCGUUUAUUGCAGAACAUGGGAUGGAAAGCAGGAGAAGGUUUGGGAAAAAAUAAAAAUGGUAUAGUUGUUCCUAUCCAACCAGAGAUUUAUACAGCAGGAGUUGGACUUGGAGCUUCAAAUAGUCAUAGCAUAUUGGAAGAUGGACAGAAUACAUAUUAUGGGAUGGCAAAGAAAUUUGCUAGAGCCCGGUUAGAAGAAUCUUAA